CUCACGGCGGAUAUUAUCUUGUCGGCGCUCUUUACUUUUAGACUCUUUGCUUAAAGUCAGCCAACAUGGCGACUUAUGUGAAGUGAGCGGGUUGCUUGCAGUGCCAACAAAAUGAGGGUACCCCGUUGCUGUUUUGGGGUUAGACGAGCCUAUCUGGUGUGGCCAAUCCUGCUGAUCCUCCUGGUUGGAGCAGCUUUGACAGCUCUGCUGCCACCUGCUGAGGACAAAGGAGCUGCUGGUGUCCUGGGAGUGCUACGCAGAGAUACAGCAUCGAAGGAGAAUCCAGCACAGAGUCUGCACACUGACAGCUCAGAAGAGGAGAAAUUCACUGUCAUCAUCCAAACUUACAACCGCACAGACGUUUUACUCAAACUCUUAAACCAUUACCAAGCAGUGCCUCAUCUUCAGAAGAUUAUCAUUGUCUGGAACAACAUUGGGGAGCAGACGCCCCUGAAGUUAUGGAACUCUCUGGGGCCUCAUCCAGUCCAGGUGGUGUUCAAGGAGCAGACUAGCAAUCAAAUGCGCAACAGACUACAGUCAUUCUCUGAGAUUGAUACAGAUGCUGUGUUGAUGCUAGACGAUGACACCCUCAUCAGUGUUCCUGACAUCAGUUUUGCUUUCUCAGUUUGGAGGCAAUUUCCAGACCAAAUUGUUGGAUUUGUUCCACGGAAGCAUGUCUCAACACCAGGAGGAGUGUACACUUACGGCAGCUUUGAGUUGCAGGAUCCAGAAACAGCUGGUGGUGACAGAUACUCCAUGGUGUUAAUUGGUGCUGCUUUCUUCCACCGCCGCUACCUGCAGCUCUUCCAGGAGCAACCUCAAGCAGUGCAUGCUUUAGUGGACGAAACACAGAACUGUGAUGAUAUCGCCAUGAACUUUGCAGUAGCAUUAUAUCUAAGGAAACACUCCAAGGCGACCAGGGUCAAUAGACCCUCUGGGGUCUUUGUCAAACCCGUGGACCUCCGCAACCUGGAAAAGGAUGCCAGCAGUGGAUACCAAGGAAUGUGGCAUCGCCCCGCACACCUUCUCCAGAGGUCCUACUGCCUGAACAGACUGACACAGAUCUACGGCUUCAUGCCACUCUGCUUCUCCAAUCUGAUGGUCUCCCAGUUCGGCUUCCCCAGCUACGCCAAUCACAAGAGUAGGGGCUGAGGAGGUGCCACUUUGCUGACUCUUUUGGAUUGGAAGAAGACAGGUUCAAGUAUGAGGCUGGUAAGUCUGUGUUUGGUUUACGUCACGUCACACAUCCGGGCUGAGGAUUAGUUUGAAUGGAGUGCUUGAGUGAUCUGUGGAUGGCGCCCAGUCAUUAGCAUCUGACAUCUUCAGCCGCUUUAAUUGCAGAAAGCUCAGACAAUCGCAAGGUAAUAAAAACAGUUUGUCUGUUAUUUGGGUGCAUUUUACGAUCCUCAGCGGUCUCAUCAUGACAUCAGCGGGACAGUGAUGGACUUUUCAUUUGGAAGAAUUUUCUGCACAUGUUCCACUUUGAUGAAACGUCCAUAUUUGAUAAAGUAAUCUGUAUUGCUGCCAGAAGUGGCCUUUCCUUCAGCACGAACAAGUCCCUCAGUGGAUUGUAGCGCAUUCACUGUGAAGCCAGCUGGUGUCGGUCUUAACUCUAAUCUCGCCUUGUUUGUAACUGUGAUUUAAAGAACGUUUCCAUUUUCUUUUGUUCCAUUUAACUGACUUAUCAGUGCAAGAAGAUGUAUUCUAUAGUAAUGUUUGGACAUAAAAAAAACCUCCCCACCAGAGUUUGAAUCUGGGAAUAGAAACAAAUGUAACUGAAAGUAAUAGGUAUAUUUGAAAGCUACAUUUAAAUCCAGUACUGUGCAUGCAUGGACAAUCAUUUUAUAAAAAUGCAUGCGUAUGUUUGUAAGACUAUCAUGUUAAUUAAUUGAAUAAAGUUGUCUGUUUUUUUUCUAAACAAAAUCUGAGGAUGAAUUCAUAUACUGAGGAGCGAAGGAGAAUUAAACCUGGAAACAGGUGAAUAGAGGUCAAGACACUGACAUACAGUGAUUAAAGAAUUAUGUGAGGACUUCCUGGAAAACAAAUCAACAGAAAAUUUAGUCCCAAUUUUAGGGCAUGAAGGGAUUCUAAUUUCUAGUAGGUAGAAGUACACUCAACAAAAAUAUAAAUGCAACACUUUUGUUUUUGCUCCCAUUUUUUAUGAGAUGAACUCAAAGAUCUAAAACUUUUUCCACAUACACAAUAUCAUCAUUUCUCUGAAAGGUGCAGUUUUGUUUUAUUGGGGGGGGAGGUGUCCACUCCUCUUCAAUGGCUGUGUGAAGUUGCUGGAUAUUGGCGGGAACUGGUACACGCUGGCAUUGUGCUGUGUGAUAAAACUGCACAUUUCAGAGUGGCCUUUUAUUGUGGGCAGUCUAAGGCACACCUGUGCACUAAUCAUGGUGUCUAAUCAGCAUCUUGAUAUGGCACACCUGUGAGGUGGGAUGGAUUAUCUCAGCAAAGGAGAAGUGCUCACUGUCACAGAUUUAGACAGAUUUGUGAGCAAUAUUUGAGAGAAAUGGUGAUAUUGUGUAUGUGGAAAAAGUUUUAGAUCUUUGAAUUCAUCUCAUAAAAAAUGGGAGCAAAAACAAAAGUGUUACGUUUAUAUUUUUGAGUGUAGGAACAGCAGUUUUCCAAAAUAAUUAGAUAUGUUUUUGUAAUAGAUAAUCCCUGCAAUUUGUAAAUAUACUAUAACCUCAGUUGUAAUAAUGAGAAAAGAUCAUCCUGUUAAAGUUGAUUUAAUUACUGAACUGGAUCAUCACUCUGGCAUUUCCAA